AUGAAGCUGUUCAGGGACAUUACUGCACAGUGGCUACGAUACCCAGUCAUGGAUCAGGAUGAAGAGCCUCUUGUGCUGGGUGCUCUUCAGAAAAGAGAAGAUGAGCUACAGAGACAGCAGAAGGAAACAUUUUCUCUGAAACAGAAAAAAGACAGUCUUCUGGCUGAGCUCCAAGCUUGGGAACAUCUGAUUUACCAGCUUCAGACUGAGCUAGAAAAAUGGAGAGUUAAAUUUGGACAGCUGCAGAAUGAACUGGGCACAUCCAGCAAGUUAUAUGGGCAGGCCAAACGUCAGCUGGAAGACCUAAAGACGAUUGUUCAGCAGCACAGGCACUCUUCAGUGGACAAUCAAAAUGUACCUAUCGCUGAAGAAGCCCACUGGCACGAUGCCUUUGUGACUCUUAAAUGUGAUUUCACAGAACUUGAAAAGAUUCACCUUGAAGCUUUACUACAGCUCAGCCACAGAGUGUAUGUGACAAAAGAUCGCAGCAUAGGAAUAUCAAAAGCAACAUCCAAGUUGGAUGAUACCAAAAAGGAACUAGAGGGGGUAUGUGCUGAUCUUGUCAUGGUCAUGCAGGAGCUUGAUUUGGCAAGAGCUGAGAUAUACCAUAAAGCAAAGAAACUUGGAACACAGCAGAAGGAAUUGUUAGAAGCUCAGAACCAAUAUUCUGCAUGUUAUGAGGAGGUUAUGGAUUUUGAAGACUAGCAUAUGGUGGUCUGUAACACAGAAGUCCAGAAUGAUGCAUUUGUUUGAAACGAUUGCCCCUUCCCUUGAAUAGUUGUACAUGAGGAAAGUGAAGAAAAAUGCCUUACAUGCUGAUAACCAGCUAGUGUCCCUCUGGAACAGGGUAUUAAAAUAUUCAG